AUGAGAAGAACACCCGUAGUACCAGUUUUGUUGGGAGACGCAAUACCACGGCCAGAUGGUGCUGAAGAAGAUUAUGAGAAAUAUUGCCGAUGUAUGAUGAUUUUGUUCAAACCAUGGCGCAAACUAAUGUCUUUGAAAGGUGACAACAUGACAUGGAUUGAAUCAUUUGAGGCUGAGACAUUUUCACCCAUGAUUACCGCUGUGAUUCGUAACAUGAAUGUGGAGAAAGAAUGUAAGGAUGCUCGAGACGCACAUGCUAUAUUAGUAAGGGAACAACGUGCUAAGCCCAACAUUUUC